AUGGAAAGGUUUUCGGAAGAAACUGUGAUGUUUUUGACUGAGGAAAGCAACAACAUGUUUCAUAAGCUGUAUAAUCAAGGAUGCAUUUCGAAAGACGAAUUUAAGUAUUUUUCGUACGAUUUUAAAAAUUCGUGUGCACUGGGGAGGCUAUAUCUUUUACCUAAGAUUCAUAAAAGGCUUCGAAAUGUACCCGGACGUCCUGUUAUCUCUAAUUGUGGGACUCCUACAGAGAGGGCGUCUGAAUUCUUAGAUCACCAUCUUAAACCCAUAAUGAAAGCAGGGAAGUCCUACAUUCGGGAUACAGGACAUUUUUUGGAUAAAUUAAAAGAAAUAGGUAAAGUUCCGGAAAAUGCAUUGCUUGUAACUGCUGAUGUUACAAGCCUCUAUCCCAGUAUCCCACACGAGGAUGGUCUGCGAGCACUUCACACCAAGCUAGAGGAACGUGAAGAUAAAACAGUGUCAUCAGAAAGCCUUAUCAGUUUAGCGGAAUUUGUCCUUAAAAAUAAUUAUUUUGAAUUUAAUUCAGAUGUUUAUCGUCAAAUUUCUGGGACAGCCAUGGGCACAAAAUUUGCUCCUCCGUAUGCAUGCAUUUUUAUGGAUAUGGUGGAGACUGAGUUUUUAGAACAACAAGAAAUAAAACCUUGGGUGUGGUUACGGUAUAUUGAUGACAUCUUUUUUGUCUGGUUAGAAGGUGAAGAUAAACUGUUGCAGUUUAUGGAAAAACUUAAUACGUUCUAUCCUGGCUUGAAAUUUACAUACGAGUACUCGCAGACUAAAGUGAAUUUUCUUGAUGUUUCGGUGGGAAUUGAUGCUGGUAGAUUUAUUACAAGUCUUUUUUGUAAGCCAACUGAUUGCCAUCAAUAUCUACAUUAUGAGUCAUCACACCCUGCGCACGUUAAAAGAUCUAUCGUAUAUAGUCAGGGUUUGCGCAUCAAGAAAAUUUGCUCGCGUGAAGAGGAUUUUGAGAAACACUUACAAGAACUGUCUAGUUGGCUUAAAAAUAGAGCAUAUCCAACAUGGCUCAUAGAAAGAGAAUUUAAGAGGGUCAGGGAAUACAAUAUUAAAGCGGAAAGUAAUAAUAUACUUAGAGAAAAAAGUUGUAAGACAGGAGUGCCUUUAACUAUAGCUUUCCAUCCUUUGUUAAAGCACUUUGGUUUAGUAAUUAAGAAAAAUUUGCAUAAUUAUUUUGUACUUAGACACUGAAGCUCGUAAAGUAUUUACCCCUGAAUCAUUUACGGCGUUUAGAACAAGCCGUAAUUUAAGAAGUUACUUAGUUAGAGCUAAGGUACCACCAUUAGUAAGAGAGAAAGGAUGUAAGAAAUGAAAUAAACCCAGGUGCUUGACGUGUCAAAAUAUUCACGAAACCGACACUUUUAGGUGCACAGCUGAUGGUAAACAAUACAAAGUGAACCAUCAUUUAAACUGUGACUCAAAGUGUGUGGUUUAUCUUUUGACAUGUAAAGUGUGUAAGAAGCAAUAUGUUGGUCAGGCGACAGAUAAAUUUCGCUUUCGAUGGAACAAUUAUAAAUCUUGUCAAAGGAAAGCAAUGUCCAACAAAGCUCAUACACAAGCCUUUUUUCAUUCGCAUUUCUUAGGUGAAAACCAUAAUGGCUUAAUGAAUGACUGUGAUAUAGUCAUAAUUGAUAAAACCAACCCAGCAGAACCAACGAUUAGGGAAAUGUACUGGAUUAAUAGACUUAUGACAAUGUACCCCUCGGGGUUGAAUAUUGAACAGGAUUCUGAGGAGUAUGAAUAAUUAUGUUCGUCUGGUAGGGUAUAUAAGUAGGGGUUUAUGUUAACGAUUUUUACUUGGAAGAAGACAAUAAAGUCGAAACGUCAAAAAAUAUGUGUUAGUGAUUAACUUAUAUAUAUAUAUAUAUAUAUUUAUAUAUAUAUAUAUAUAUAUAUAUAUAUAUAUAUAUAUAUAUAUAUAUAUAUAUAUAUAUAUAUAUAUAUAUAUAUAUAUAUAUAUAUAUAAUAUAUAUAUAUAUAUAUAUAUAUAUAUAUAUAUAUAUAUAUAUAUAUAUAUAUAUUUCCAGGAAACAGAACAUAUUUUAUAUUUCCUGCCAUUUACUUAAAUACUUUUUAAAAAUCUCAUUAAUUCACCAAGAAAAAGCAAAGGAAAUCACUGCCGUGUCGGUGGUUUUAUAUGUGAUAAAAUAUCAGGUUCAUUUACAUCAACUUUAGCUCUGAUUUUCUCGGCUUAGACAAAGUUUAUUAUUUUUUAGAAUUACUUCGCCAAUGAGCUCAUCAGAUAGCUCGUUUCUUUAAAGCCAUUUAAAACACUCUCAGUCUGUGCUUUAUCAGAUAUAAAACACUUGAGCUGCACUCUUGUGUUUUAUAUCUCAUAAAGCACUCCCUCAUGCAUAUAUUAUGCUCUUGUUUUAACUAAUAUAGUACUUGGUUUUAUUUUACUAAACUAAUCUAUACGCAUGCAUGACAGUGGAAUAGCCCACUCAAUUAAAUUUAUUAAUUUUAUAUGCAGAUAUCACGAAAGAACCCUCUUCAGACAACUACACUGCCGUUGUUAUUGGAAUUGCGGUGGCAGUUGUGGCUGCUAUGGCUGCAGCAAUGAUUAUUCUGGCUCGCUUUCUCUAUCGAAGAACGCCAAUAAAUGAAAACACGCGAGACAUUGGCAACAUUGGAGAUGCUGUUUAUGAAUAUGAUACACCACAAAACGUGGAACUACCACAAAUUCCUGGUUCUGAAAGUUGUUAUGAAGAGCCAGCAGAAUAUGCACAACUCCCCAGUUCCAUGAGAGAUCCCAUGAAUGAUGCAAAUUAUCAAAGUCUAAACGUGGAAAAUUACACGCAACUUGACAGAGAUCAGGAUGAAAUUGUUCAGCAGUAUGCUUCUCUGAACAUUGAUAGCAAUCCAAGAAACGACUUUUCCAGCGAAUCUGCACUGUAA